UGUGUGUGUGUGUGUGUGUGUGUGUGUGUGUGUGUGUGUGUGUGUGUGUGUGUGUGUGUGUGUGUGACCGCGGUAUGAAAAUGGCGAUUUAAAGGAAGCCACCGCUUCUCCUCAGUCUGUAUCCCUCCACUGCAGGUGUUACUGUGUUCAGGAGGAUCAUGGGAAACGCCAGCAGUGAGAGAAGUGCACAAGGCGAGAAAAGUCAGAGGAGCCGCGGCGGGAAAGACGCAAAAAUCCUCCUGACUGACGAUUCGGAUCUGUUCCAGGACGAUGCGAAGGAGUUCUUGGCGUGGCAGAAGGAUGUUCAGUCGGGGAAUAAGUGUUCAGUUGAACACCCCACCGUGUUUGAAUGGUCCGGUCCAGCGAGGGACGUCUAUCUCUCCGGCUCCUUUAAUAACUGGGCCACGAAAAUCCCUCUGAACAAGAGUCACAAUAAUUUCACGGGAAUCAUCAACCUUCCUGAAGGAGAGCAUCAGUACAAGUUCCAUGUCGAUGGACACUGGACUCUAGACCCUAAGAAGCCCGUCGUCACCACUAAAUCCGGCAUCGUCAACAACGUGGUUCUGAUUCGCAAGACGGACUUCGAGGUUUUCGACGCCCUGAAUAGCGACUCUGAGAUUUGCGCCGACGUCUCAGACAUCUCGGGGUCUCCUCCCGGACCGUACCAUCAGGACCCGUACUCGUUUAGAGCGGAGGAGCGAUUGCGCUCUCCUCCCAUCCUGCCUCCUCACCUGCUGCAGGUGCUGCUCAAUAAAGACACCGGCGUCUCGUGUGAUCCCGCUCUGCUUCCUGAACCCAACCACGUGAUGCUCAACCACCUGUACGCUCUCUCCAUCAAGGAUGGCGUGAUGGUCCUCAGCGCUACUCAUCGCUACAAGAAGAAAUACGUCACUACGCUGCUCUACAAACCGAUAUGAGUUUCAUCACGCUAACGUUUCGCAUGUGGCUACGUCUUGAACUGCGUCAUCGUCAACGCUAGGAAACAGCGUCGUGAGCGUUUGUUCGGAAAAAUACGAAGCUGCUGUAUUUACCAAAAUCCGUGAGAGUAUUUGUUGUUAACGCUACAUUCCCUUAAACGAUUAGCCUGAUUAGCAUUUCUGUCUGAAUGUUCGUGUUUAAGAUUCCGAGAUUUUUCCAGCGCUGAUUUAUUUACUUUACUGAAUUUAAAGUCUUAUGAAAUAUUUUUGUAACGUUUGUUAGCAUACAGUCUGGGCUACGAGUGAAAUUUUGUACUGAACAAGUGAAACUUCCUGUUUAGUAAAUAAAUAAACUGUUGCAGAAAA